AUGCCCCGGUCCAACUCAUCAGUCGAUAGCCCAAAAAAAACCAAGCAGAAGAAAUUAACCGAUGAAGAGAUGCUGGUCUUGAAAUCCCACCUAGAAGAAUGGAAGGAAGCAGCUGCCAACGAUAGAAAAAAGAUUCUGAAGGCCGUCAUAAAAGAGGCCAAGGUGCAUGCCCCUGCUAUGGAUGACCGGUCAUUGAAGAACAGGAAAUAUAUGUACCGGGACUGGUUAUAUAACCGGAGACCUGAAAAGACUCGAGAAAAGAAAGCCAGCAAGUUCGGUCAGAAAUGGACUUCCUGGUCGGUCAUAGAACAACUGUGCAAGGAGGAGAUCAUUGAAAAGACCGGAGCGAUGCCAGGAUCGAAGAAAUUUAUUGAAAGAUAUCAGACAACACUCACUGCAGUCGUGGCCAGUCUAUCUAAAGAGGAGCUGGAGGAGGCUCAGAACACUGCAAUUGAGUGGUCUGCCAAGGCUCCUCCUGCAGCUGUCCAGGCGGACUUUGCAAAGAAGAAAGCACCCGGUAUGAUGAAGGAUCUGGCAACAAAGUUGUGGAAGCAGGCCGGUGUGAGAAUUUUCAUAUUGUCAGCAUGGAAAACAGAGGAAGACGAAGUCCGGAUCAAUGGAAUUGACUUCAAUGAAAAGUUGGAGGGCAAUAGUUUGACCGAUACGAAGGACUGGAAGUCCAUGUUAUCGGAGUGGAAUGCCUAUGCUGGGGAAGAGUUCGACGUUGACCUGAAUAAUGAUGACGAUGAUAACGAAGAGGAGGUGAAGAAGAGCAGGAAGAAAGGUGGAAAGAAGGACGAUUAUCCUUUGGAGGUGGAUAGCUAUGGGCUGCCGGUCAUACCGGACGUCACAGAGCUUAACCUAGAGAGCAAAAAGCGUCUUAUAAGAACUUUCCUCACAAAACACUACAGAUUGUGCAGCCAACAACCAAAGGCGUCUGUUCCUUGGGCCUCAGUCAGGAUGGCUCAGGGUGACUUUAUUGCAGCCAAUUUUUUACCUACCGGCUGGAAGCUUGACGAUCCGUCAAAGAUUCGGCUGGCUGAUGCUGACCGGCUGUUAGAGUUGUGGUGUCAAAGACAGAAGGACCAGGUUCGCCCAACCUUUGAAUUUAAAGGCUGGGAAGGCGAUGAUAAGACAAUGAGAGAACCAGCAGAGAUAAUCUCCGGCAAUAGUUCUGAUGCGAGACCCAGGGUUCCAGUGAAAAAGUCCACCGUAAGGCACACCAGGGGGGUGGAACAGGUGUCUAGUAGUGAGGAUAAGGACAAGGAUGAUGAAGAUGAGGAGAAGGACGACGAUCACUAUCACGAUGACAACCUCCAAUCACCACUUCCAAAGUCGAAAUCUAUCAACAAUCACCCACCGGUCAAGAAAUCCAUACCUGUCCCACCACCACCUUCAAAGGCAAAAUGGGCCAAUACGGUCCACAGCACUAGUCCGGCAUCAGAGGAGGAAGAUACUCGCCCACCGGUCAAGAAAUCCAUACCGGUCCCACCACCACCUUCAAAGGCAAAACGGACCAAUACGGUCCGCAGCACUCAUCCGGCUUCAGAGGAGGAAGAUACUCGCCCACCGGUCAAGAAAUCCAUACCGGUCCCACCACCACCUAAAUCAAAAUCAUCCCAAAAGAGGGGUAGGGUUGUUCCCAUUCAAUCUGAUUUGGAGUCGGAUGGUCCGCCACCAGUCAAGAAAUAA